AUUAAGCUUCAACCUUCAAUAACAAGAAGAAGAAGAAGAAGAAGAAUUAGAAGAGAAAAACUUACCGAACAAAUAUGGCCGGAGAGAAUGCGGCAGAGAUGGAGAAGAUCUUCAAGCGAUUUGAUGCCAAUGGCGACGGGAAGAUCUCCUCUACGGAGCUUGGUGAAACCUUGAAACAACUUGGGUCUGUUUCACCAGAAGACAUUAAGCGUAUGAUGGCUGAGAUAGACACAGAUGGUGAUGGCUACAUCUCUUUCCAGGAGUUCACCAGCUUCCACAAUGCCAACCCUGGUUUAAUGAAGGAUGUUGCUAAGAUAUUCACCUAAAAUUCUCUUCCUCUUUACUUCAAAGCAAUAAAACCCAUCCAGGACCCGACCCAAGACCCAACUCACUUUUGUAAGAUAAUUUGAAGUGCAUUUAAUUUCUGAUAAUUUCCAUUUUGGAUUAUGUUUUCUCUUAAACCAAAGGGCUGUGUUUUGGUAACACAAUCUUGCUCCAUUUUCUAAUUUCACAUGUGGUAUGUAUUGUAUGUAGGGCUAUGUUUUUUGUUCACUAAUGGUGAAAGAAAAUAUCUUCACCAAUGGUGAUGUGGCGCUAUAUAUGAUUUGACUCUGGAUAAAAGUACGUAUUUCAAUA